AUGGCUUCAGGUGUUCACAAGGCAGUCAGCGGGGCCCCGUCCCCUCUCGCGGCCGGGGCGCGCUCCGACUCCCGGGCGCCCCCGCGCCGCUCCAGUCCGCCCGGCCGGCCCCUCCCCGCCCCAAGCCCGGCCCUCCGCCCGCCGGCCUCGCCCCCAGCCCGCGGAGAGGCGGCGAGCGCGGCCAGGUCCCCGGAGCGGCCAGGGGCCCCGCGGCGGGCGCCGCUGACCCGGCCGCCCCCCGGGCGCCGCCUGCUCGCACCCGCCUCCGAGGCGCCCGAGGCUACGACGAGCAGCCUGAAACCCGAGCUUCCUGCGAAGGAUUCAAACCGGGGAGAAAAGCGCAGCCAUGAUACAUCCGCCGCUUCCGAGCCUCCAGCGGUCCCUGUGCUUGGGGCUGCACGUGUGUCUGCGCCCCUAACUCUGCCGGCGCCCGGGCGGUUCCCACUUCACAGCUGAAGAAACUGAAGCCCAGAGUUGCUAGCGAGAUGCCCGAAGGCGCACCGCUGCUAAGGAGCAGAUCUGGGACUAGUCCCCAGGCACUUCCGGCGAAUCCCGCCUCUUCCGACCCCAUCAGCUGCGCCCCGCCCUGGGGGCGCGGAGUGGUUCUCGCUCGCUAGGCCUUGACGGGAAUGCUUCCGCUCCUCUACCACGGGCUGGUCCCUCGGUGUCACGAUUCCUGGACCACUGGGAAGGCACCGGGACACAGGUGCAGAGAUGUGAAGCUGGAUGCUGCCUCCUCGAUCUGGGAAGCUGAGAAACGUGGGCAUCAACGCUCCCGCCACGCCGUCUCUCCCUCCAGUGACUUAGCAAUGGCUCCCUCGCCACCAAGGUGAUUGUCUUCUGGAAGCAGCCGUGCCACGUGAGGUUCCUCGUCACUGCCCCGCAUCUCCCUGGCGGGGGUAACUGCCAAGGCGCAUGUGGUUCCGGGGAAGGAGGAAGCAGCAGCGUCUACGGCUUCUCCAGCACCCAGCCGGUCCUCUUGGCUGCAGCAGCCCCUCUUGCGGGCCCACCCCUCCCUGCGGCGGGCUCAUCAGUUACCCAGAGCCAGCUGUGAGCCUACUCCCCCUGGCUCCGAGGUUUUCGGUGGGUUCCAAGGGACUUCAGAGUUCAAGUCGAUCCUCAUGCACCUGGAGCUCAGAGCCCUCAUCUGACCCCAGCUCAGUUCUCCAGCCUUCUCUCACAUGUCCCAUCCUGCCUCUUUGCCCAAACAAAUGAGUUGUAUUCCCGCCAUGUGCCCACCUGUGCCCUGCAGCAGGAAGCUCUUCCUCUUCGUUACAGAUCGAAAUGAUCCCUCUUUAAAGUUAUACUCAAACGCCA